UAAAAAUACGGCCACUGUGAAAGGAAUCUUACAUCCUUCGUGUCUUGUCCCCUGCUGCUUUUUUCUACAGAGAGUUCAGAUAGAGGGAGCGGAGCUGCAUUCUGGAGUGGAGAUAGACGUGUAUAAAAGGGAAAGCUUGUGGCCUUUGGAGCCAUACAAUGAUCAGGAACUGAGAGUGGCAAGAGCCAAGGAGUAAGCUCAGUAGGAUACAGUUCGUGAGUCACUUCUCUGACAUCAAGCAGUUACACUAGGCUUACCUACCCUUCUCAUUUGUAGUAAACAUAUUUUUGGAUCAGGACAUUCUGAUAACAAUCAAACUUCUUUCAGUCUUCUAUUUUCAGAAACCUACCAGACAUAUUGUAGCCUUAGACUGCUUUCAUUCUUAAAGUUGCACAGUGCUCACUUCUUAUCUGAAUUCACUUCUGGUUAGAGGAGAGAGAUAGAGUAGAAGCACACAAUUCCACAAUGCCCAUGGAGCAAGUAUUCAGGCACGGCGACAAAGAUACGCUGAAGAUGGCCAUGCUGAAGCACGAACAGACUUUCAGACAGCAAGUUCACGAGCUCCAUCGCUUAUACAGGAUCCAGAAGCUUCUGAUGCGAGACCUCAAGAGGGAGCUCAAGAGCCAGAGGAACCUGUCGACCUCCCCGAACGGCGGCUCCACCGAGCACAGCAGAGGCGCGCUCGGCAUGUGCGCCUACGAGCACCGCUACGCCGCUCGCGGUCCCGGCGGCUACGUAGCAGUAGCGACACCAACGCCCCGCACGGCGCUCAGCUUCGACGUCGUGGCGCCGGCCGUCGAGUACGUGCGGAGCGCGGAGGAGGAGGACGACGACGACGCGGAGGAGGAGACCGACGACGACGCGGAGCUGAAGCUCACGCUGGCCGUGGGCGGCGGCGGGGCCAAGAAGAGGUACGGCGAGUACCCGUCCGGCGGGGAGAGCCUCUCGUCGUCGUCGACGGAGUCCGACGUGCUCAACGCCUCCGGCCGCGAGUGGCGCCAGGCGCGCGGCACGCCGUACCACCACAAGAGGAGGCCGGGCGCCGGGCUGGACGUGGUACAGGCGGUGGAUGACGGCGUCGGGAUGCAGGCGCCGCCGCCGCUGCUGUUCCACUGGCUCAGCCUCAAGAUGGCAUGACGCUAUGAGAGGGGGAACCAAAGAAACACAUUGCAUGUGUCGAUUGCUGCUCCUAGUGUCACUGUGUGUGUCAGGGUGUUGACUUGCUACUGUUCUUCAGUUGAAUGCUGCGUGUUCAGAUCAAGUCUAGAAAUUAAAUCAAUAAUUGACUAGUCGUUCAGGAGAAUGUAGGAGCCACUUCCCAAAAUGUAAGGAGGCUGUAGGGGCUUGCUUUUCAGCUACAAGUGUGACUACCUAACGGCAAGUGCUUCUGCAGUUCUGCUCUUGUUGACGACAGAUACAAGGCGGCGAAAAUGCAAGACAAGUUCGGUGAAAACAAUAGGACCUUGUGCCCUGCAAAUUUCAGUGUGAUGUUAAUCGAAUGGCUGGCUGAUCCAAACUUGUGCCCCCUGAAA